UUAAACCCCCAAAAAGCCCUAACCCCUCUCUCUCUCUCUCUCUCUCUCUCUCUCUCUAGCAAUGGCGUUUCACCCUCUUCGCCUCCGCCGCGCUCUUGCCCUUUCAUCUUCUCUGCUAGGCCACUCCUCCCAUGGCUACAAGCCCCAACCAUUUUCCUUCAUCUCCGCUCCUCGGAUUCCUCCAUCCCCCGCCCCGGCUCCUCCGUCGAUUCGCCGCCCCUUCACUUCCUCCACCACUCUAUUCCGCAGGGCAUUUAAUCCGGAGACAGAUGAAAUCGGGCCCGACACCAUCCUCUUCGAAGGAUGCGAUUACAACCACUGGCUGAUCACCGUCGAUUUCCCCAGGGAUUCCAAUAUUCCGCGCGAACAGAUGAUCGAAACCUAUAUCAAUAUCGCCGCACAAGUCUUCGGCAGCGUUGAAGAGGCAAAGAAGAAAAUAUAUGCACUGAGUACAACAACAUAUCAAGGUUUCCAGGUGGAGUGUUCGGAGGAGACAUCUGAAAAGUUUAAAAGUAUUCCACAAGUGGUAUUUGUAUUGCCAGAUUCCUACAUUGAUCCAGUAAAUAAGGAAUACGGAGGAGACAAAUAUGUCAAUGGAGAGAUUUUUCCAAGACCACCCCCAGUGCAUUAUGGGAGAAGAAGCAACAGGGAUAGGCGUCCAAGAGAGCAGAACUAUGGGCCGCCACCACAGCAGAACUAUGGGCCACCACCGCACCAGAACUAUGGGCAACCACCACGACUGAACGUCAGGCCACCACCCCAGCAGAACUUCGGAGCCCCACCCCAGCAGAACUUCGGAGCCCCACCCCAGCAGAACUUCGGGGCACCACCCCAGCAGAACUUUGGGGCACCACCCCAGCAGAACUUUGGAGCACCACCCCAGCAGAACUUUGGAGCACCACCCAAACAGAACUUCGGUGCACCACCCCAGCAGAGCUUCGGAGCACCACCCCAGCAGAACUUUGGAGCACCACCCCAGCAGAACUUUGGAGCACCACCCCAGCAGAACUUCGGUGCACCACCCCAGCAGAGCUUUGGAGCACCACCCCAGCAGAACUUUGGAGCACCACCCCAGCAAAACUUUGGAGCACCACCCAAACAGAACUUCGGUGCACCACCCCAGCAGAGCUUCAGUGCACCACCUCAGCAGAACUAUGGGGCACCACCAUAUCAAAACAAUGCAUCACAGCCCAGUCAUACACCACAGCCACAUAACAGCUACGGAUCUCCAUCACAGCAGAGCUAUUUGCCGAACCGACGUGAAGGUUAUGCAAACUCACCUAAUUAUGCACAGGAACAGGGAAGACACCAGAGCCAUUCACAACCUGGACAAAGGGGCUUUACCCAAGAUGCUGAUUACGGCUCUUCACAAGAUGGAGCUUUUGGACAAGUAUCUGGGGGAGAUAGAAACAUUUCAUCUUCCCAAAAUAAUUGACCAAGAUGUGUUUCAACUUUCAAGUAGGACUACGCUCUAGAGGCUUCGAACAAGGAUGAUGGUAGCUUGUUAUCUGGUGAUAUUUUGUGGUUUGGAGAAUGUGCGAGGUUAGUACGAAAGUACUGGUUAUACAGUAUAGGCUAGGCUAUGGACAAUGAAAAAUAAAUCUGUGAACUUUUAUUCUGACGAUGAAGAGCAUGCAGUUUUCUUUGUUCA